UGCCGCUUCGCCGUUUUGCUCGUCAGUCGAGAAUGGCGUAAGCUUCCGACCGGACGGCCUUUCCGAUCGGUGUACACGCUAGAACGUUUCUCAUUCUUCGUUAUCCACGAGACACCGGAGGAUCGGUAUCGCGAAACGUGAGUUUAGUUUUUCCUCGAGUUGCUCUUCUGCGAUCAUUUCCUUCGUUUUCUUUCAUUUUUUCAUCGACGAAUGAAAGUUACCAGUUAAACGUGCUCUAUUUUACCAAGUGCCUCUCUUUGUUACAUUCCGUCAAGUUAAACGCGGCUAAUCAAAUACAAAAGCACUUACUCGUUAAAUAAAAAACAGAAAUAGCAUAAUCGUCACAAAGUGGAAGAUUCGUACAGUGACAUAGAGUGUCUGUUAUUUUAACUCUCCGAUCACUUCAGUUUCCAAAGCUGAAACUUGUGCGAAUUCGCGGGAACGUCGACGAACCUCGUGGCCAAGUUUGAUAAUUAUCAGUGACAGCAACGAGUGUGAAAUCGCUGGAAAAUAACUCGUUUCUAUCUGCAAAGAUUGGAAGAAAUAGAUAAACCGAGUGAUCGUGGACAACUGGUUAAAAUUGAACGCAAGGCCGACCGUGUCUCUCGAAAGUUAUUUUUUUAAACGGUCGUCGAACUUGUGUAUUUCUCGGCUUUUUCGAUCGUUUUCGUUCGAGGGAACCGAGUCGAUAAAAAUCGAGAUUCUCCACGGUUGAAAAAGAUUGAAAAGAUCGUUGAUGGAAUUGGUUCAGUUUUCGAGCAACGUAGUUUGGAAAGUCGUGAUUUCGUUGCCGCUCGAUUCCUUGAAUCUACCUAGGCGAAGGUGGUCGAUCGCUACGAAGGAUUUCUCGCAACCUUGACCCACUGGGAUCAAUUCGUUGUUACGAUUAUAAGACACGUUGGACGAACUAUGCUUCGGAUCGAAGCCUUAUAGAUAUUUUUCGCCGAUGAGAAAAUAUGGUUUUUUUUAUCUGAACGGUGAAUAGUUCAGCAACAUUUUUAAAGUGUUCCCUCGACGAACAAUGUUUCCGUGCUGGUUGGACACGAUCUUCGUGGUUGUCGAGGUAUAAGUUUGGAACUGAAAAUUUAUGUACGUUUUUGGUUUUAUGGUGACAAAAGGUGAGAACGUCAGAACGUGUGAUUUCUACUAUGCGAAGACAUGAAUUCUGGUGCUCUUCAAGCGUGUGCUCGCAAAGCUCAGUGUGGGAGGGGGUAAGUGAAACUUGGCGACAAGCAGGGAAGGUGUUCUCGGACACCAAAAGCUGGGGCACCCUGACGAGGAGGUCCUGGAGGAGGAGGUGGGUCGUAGGAGAGAGGAAAGAAAGGAGGUGACCAUUCACCCCACAUGGACGCCACCCCCAAAGGACCCCCCGUACCCCCCACACCGGAUAUCCUGUCACCAUUAUUUAGCCGCAGAAUAUCCGACCUGAACGCAAGGGCGCCGUUCUUUGCCCUGCAUUGUCCUCAACGUUCUCGUCGAAUAUCGAGACAUCCGACACUUGAUGCUUGUCGUACGAAGGAAACGGCCGCCUACGCGUCAUCUUUAUCUUUUACGUGCCUCAAUUUUUCUCGUCUUUUUCGCCGUAAAUUGAAAAAAUUGCCGAUUCUCUAUCUCCACGUUGUCGAUAAUAAUAAUCAACUUCUUGGAACACGGAAGUCGAACAUCCGGAGUAACGGUAAAACAAUAUUAAUUGCAAUAUCAAGAAGAUACACUAGUUCCUGGUGUCCAUUGGCGAGGACCACUGUCGAUUCGCGAACGACAGCUCCAGCUGCGAGAAACAACGUAACAGCGCACGUAACAGUAUCACAAUUGUCAAAAGGGAGCAGAAGGUCAUUUUUUACCCUCGUUUUUACACCACGGCGAACGUGCCGUAAGUUUGAUGCAUUUUUUACAAAAUCAGUCGCGAAGCGUCUUCGAGCUGAGGAAGUACUUUUAACAGGCGUCACAUCUCGCGCGAAACAUAUCUACAGACUCCGUCCAAAAGCGCCUAACUCCGAGCUGCAGCCUAACAGACCACACAAACAAUGUCGCGCAGCGCUGCCACGCGUCCUAUGCAAGAAACCCCCUUCAACAACGUAGAAAGUCCGCGCCACUACUAGCAGAAAUCGAAAAUUGCGCCUUCUUACAAUAGGUCUUCUUUCAACGACCUCAAAUGGUCCCAGUCUUCGUCACGAAAACAUUGUGUUGAUACUAUUACGUGACACUAUCGCUACGCAUAUGUUAUUCCUUCGGUAGAAGAAUCAUCGUAGAGGAAGCAACGUGAAAUCACGCUAGGACGAUUUCUUGUGAACUAACCAACAACGUUUGCCAAAUCAAAACUCAAAAACACGUGCGAUAAAAUCAUCGGAUUGUCGGUGAUAUUUCAUUAAGUGGUUAUUCACGAAAAAUAGUGAGAUCCUCGUAACACAAAAUAGUACAUGUUACUAUUAGAAAAAAGAUGCCGGUUAAAAGGCACAACAAUCGAAUGAUUAAUAGAAACGUGAACGUAAACAGGCAUCGUGUUUCAACGAAAAUAGAGUUAACGGGCUAAUGCCGUCCUGCACCUGCAAUGAUUCGCGAGGACGAAGAAGAGGAGGGACCCAGGUGGAAAUAUGUAAGAGGCGAGGCGGACAUCGUCUCGUCGGCACGGCUAAAGUGCCACGAGGAAGAAGAGGUUGGCCUUAUACAAGGUUUAUAGUUUGCGUAGGAUAGACGAUGAGCGUCGAGGUUGACACGCUGGAACUCGAGGUCUUCGAGGUGAAGGACUGCGACGAGACGGACAAAGUCUCGGUAGCGUGCACUGCGACAAAAUCGGACGCGGAAGAUAGCCGGAAAGGAUCGACGACUGCCGCGUCAGUGUGCAACGAUGACGAAAAUUCUGGUACCCGUCGAAAAAAGAAGAAACGUCGAAAAACAAGGAAAAAACUGCAGCUGCAACAAUUGCAACUGGAAUCUACCGACAGCCAAGUGCAUUCGGUGGUGAAUCUGCCGUCGUCUUCCGACGAAGUCGAGGCGGUUGGCGAAUGUUCGAAAAGAGACUCAUCCAGCAGCUUAGGUGGCACGAGCAGGCAUAACACCCUAAGGGAAUCUUUGCUCACCGUGCUAGGCAAGCUGGUGAUCUGGAAAGGCACUAGGUACCGUUCGUCUACCGCUGCGUCUUCUUCACCCUCCGCACCGCCAAAUUCACCGCCCGCGACCGAGUGCAUAGGACGUAGCACUUCCUUUUUUUCCAGCGAAACGGAGAGGAGAAUUCGCGCCAAUAAUCGCGAGUUCAACUCACAGUUUAAUUAUGCGAACAACUACAUCAAGACGUCCAAGUAUUCGGUUCUGACGUUCCUACCGUUAAAUUUGUUCGAGCAAUUUCAGCGGCUCGCUAACUUUUACUUCCUAUGCCUGCUGGUGCUUCAGAUGAUCCCCGCUAUCUCCUCCUUGACCCCCAUCACCACAGCCAUACCCCUUAUAGGGGUGCUCAUGCUCACUGCCGUCAAAGAUGCCUACGACGAUUUUCAACGGCACAGCAGUGACUCGCAAGUGAACAAUCGAAAAUCUCAAACGUUGCGAGGUACUAGUCUUCGUGAAGAGAAAUGGUCGCAAGUGCAAGUAGGCGAUGUAAUUAGAAUGGAAAACGAUCAAUUUGUCGCAGCCGACGUGCUUCUUUUAUCUACUAGUGAGCCAAAUGGUCUUUGUUAUAUCGAAACCGCAGAAUUAGAUGGGGAGACGAAUUUGAAGUGUCGGCAGUGUUUACCUGAAACUGCCGAAAUGAUGGAUAAUCAUGAAUUGAUUGGUCAAUUUGACGGAGAAAUUGUUUGCGAAACUCCUAAUAAUUUGUUGAAUAAAUUUGAUGGUACUCUUACGUGGAAAGGACGAAAAUACCCAUUGGACAACGACAAAAUUAUAUUACGAGGUUGCGUGCUCCGAAACACGCAAUGGUGCUAUGGCGUGGUCAUCUUUGCAGGCAAGGAUACCAAAUUAAUGCAAAACUCAGGGAAGACCAAAUUUAAGAGGACUUCUAUAGAUAGGCUGCUGAAUCUUCUCAUCAUCGGGAUAGUGUUCUUUUUACUUUCUAUGUGUUUGUUCUGUAUGAUCGGCUGUGGUAUUUGGGAAAGUCUUGUAGGCCGUUAUUUUCAAGUGUAUCUACCCUGGGACUCGUUGGUGCCUAGCGAGCCUAUGGCAGGUGCCACAGUGAUCGCUCUGCUUGUGUUCUUUUCUUAUGCUAUCGUAUUGAACACAGUGGUGCCAAUCAGUUUAUACGUGAGUGUCGAAGUUAUCAGAUUCGUUCAGUCGUUUUUGAUCAACUGGGAUGAAGAGAUGUACUAUGCACCUACGAACACACACGCUAAAGCAAGGACUACUACAUUAAACGAGGAGUUGGGACAAAUAGAAUAUAUAUUUUCCGAUAAAACCGGAACAUUAACACAGAAUAUCAUGACUUUUAACAAGUGUUCUGUGGCAGGAAAAUGUUAUGGGGACAUUAUCGACGAUGUUACCGGGGAAGUCGUCGAUGUAAGUGAGACGAACAAAGCUGCCCGAACACCUACGAUGCGAUGGAAAAAUGGACAAGAAUUUGUUCAAGUUUAUACACCUAUAAGUGGUCCAAACGUACGUCUACUGGAACAGGUGGAUAGGAUAUCCAAUAUAAUUGGAGAGCCAGGCCCAAUUGGCAGUCCGAUGGUUCCACAUAAACUUUCUACAUUCCCAGCAUUGGAUUUCUCCUUCAACAAGGAUUACGAACCGGAAUUCAAGUUCUAUGAUUCUGCAUUACUCGAUGCUGUAAAAGGGAAUAACGAAGAUGUUCAUAGUUUCUUUCGAUUGUUGGCACUUUGUCAUACUGUUAUGCCGGAAGAAAAAAACGGCAAGCUAGAAUAUCAAGCACAGUCACCGGAUGAGGCUGCCCUUGUAUCUGCCGCUAGAAACUUUGGUUUUGUAUUUAAAGAGAGAUCUCCAAAUAGUAUAACAAUUGAAGUUAUGGGAAAACGUGAAAUAUACGAGCUACUUUGCAUUUUGGACUUUAAUAAUGUUAGGAAAAGAAUGUCUGUAAUUUUGAGGAAGGAUGGACAUCUUAGGCUAUAUUGCAAAGGAGCGGACAAUGUUAUUUAUGAACGAUUAAAAAAAGGCAGUGAGGAUAUCACGUCAAAAACAUUGGAACAUCUUAAUAAAUUUGCGGGUGAGGGCUUAAGAACAUUGUGCCUUUCGGUCAGAGAUCUAGAUGAACAAUUUUUCAAUGAUUGGAAGCAACGUCAUCAAGAAGCUGCCAUGAGUCAAGAAAAUAGGGAUGAUAAAUUGGAUGCAAUUUAUGAAGAAAUAGAAAAGGAUAUGACAUUAUUAGGCGCUACUGCCAUUGAAGAUAAGUUACAAGAUGGUGUACCUCAAACUAUUGCUAAUUUAGCUCUGGCUGGUAUUAAAAUCUGGGUAUUAACUGGUGACAAACAAGAAACAGCUAUCAAUAUUGGCUAUUCCUGCCAGUUGCUGACAGAUGAUCUUACAGAUGUUUUUAUAGUAGAUUCCACUACUUAUGACGGUGUUGAAAAUCAGUUAUCGCGAUACUUGGAAACUAUCAAAACAACUUCUGGUCAUCAAAAUCGGCCAACUCUCUCCGUUGUCACAUUCAGGUGGGACAAGGAAAGCAGCGAUACUGAAUACAAUCCUAGCAGAGACGAACAAGAUGAGCAUGAAAUGGAACAAGCAACAGGAUUCGCGGUGGUUAUUAAUGGGCAUUCCUUAGUUCAUGCAUUACAUCCGCAACUUGAACAACUUUUCCUCGAUGUAUCAAGCCAAUGUAAAGCUGUGAUAUGUUGUCGCGUAACUCCUUUACAAAAAGCAAUGGUAGUCGAAUUAAUAAAGAAAAAUAAAAAUGCUGUGACUCUGGCAAUUGGUGAUGGAGCAAACGAUGUUUCAAUGAUAAAAACAGCUCAUAUAGGUGUUGGCAUCAGUGGGCAAGAGGGAUUACAAGCUGUACUAGCAUCCGACUAUUCCAUAGGACAGUUUAGAUUUUUGGAAAGAUUACUUCUCGUUCAUGGGAGAUGGUCAUACUAUAGAAUGAGCAAAUUUCUUAGAUAUUUUUUUUAUAAGAAUUUUGCGUUUACAUUAUGUCACAUCUGGUUUGCCUUUUUCUGUGGAUUUAGCGCACAGACUGUAUUUGAUCCUAUGUAUAUUUCUGUCUACAACCUCUUUUAUACGUCAUUACCUGUAAUGGCAGUCGGUAUAUUUGAUCAAGAUGUUAAUGAUAAAAAUAGUUUAAUGUACCCAAAACUUUAUGCACCAGGAUUACAAAAUUUACUUUUUAAUAAAAAGGAAUUUUGCUGGAGUGCUAUACAUGGAUUUUUUGCUAGCUGUGUAUUAUUUUUAGUUCCAUAUGGAACGUAUAAGGAUGGAGUAUCACCAAAGGGCUAUGUACUUUCUGAUCAUAUGUUACUAGGAAGUGUUGUAGCUACUAUAUUAGUCAUAGUCGUGACUGUCCAAAUAGCCCUUGAUACAUCAUAUUGGACAAUUGUUAAUCAUAUUAUGGUUUGGGGCUCGCUCAUUUGGUAUUUUAUUUUAGAUUAUUUCUAUAACUUUGUCAUAGGUGGUAGUUAUGUUGGCAGUCUUACAAUGGCGAUGUCGGAAGCGACAUUUUGGUUCACGGCAGUCAUUUCGUGUAUCAUAUUAGUAAUACCUGUACUGUCAUGGAGAUUCUUCUUCAUAGAUGUAAGACCAACAUUGUCUGACAGAGUUAGACUUAAGCAGAGAUUGGCACAACUUCGCUCUCGCCAAAGUCAAGAUAUACUUCGUACACCAUCUACAAGACGAACACGACGAUCUCUUCGUUCAGGAUACGCUUUCGCGCAUCAAGAAGGUUUUGGCAAACUCAUUACAUCUGGCAAAAUUAUGCGAAAAUUACCGAAUGGUGCAGAUUUUAAGUUCGCCAUGCCAUUUACGAACAAUACCAACAAACAAGUCAGUGUUGCCACUACAUCACCAAAGGACAAUGCAUCCAAAAAUUCGCACACAUUGGAUACUAUUAAUCUAUAAUUUGGACAUUAUAUUGUAAGUCUUUUUACCAUCUAUUAAAUUUCGGAUGAAUGAUUUGUGAAGCCGUAGCAACAUUAAUAUAAACAAAAAUUAACAUUCGUUUGCAAAUUAAUUUCUUAUUUCAACACCAAUCGAAUUUUCUAAAUACUAUAUUAGAUCAUGAUGUUUUAUUAUAUUUGCAUUAUGUUCUUGUUACAUGUAAGACACAAAAAUUAUAUGUACUUGUAUGCAUUGCAAUAACUAAAAAAUAUCCGCUAGCUUAUUAGAUUCAACCUUUUUGUAUCAAUGCUUCAAAAAUUUAAGUAAUCGAAUUUCAUAUGACAAUAAAGUAUUAAUUGUUUGCAUAAGAAAGUUUACAUACUAGCAUCUACUAAAAAAUACUAUUUCUUUUUUCAUCAGAAACUAUUGUUAGUUAAAGAUUAUUUUAAUACAAUGCAUUUUUUAUAUGAUCAAUAAUUAUUCUAGACUCUCAAGAAAAAUUUUAUACUUUAAUUUUUAAAUAUAUAUUUCUUAGUUUUACUACUUAUAUAUUUUUACAUAUGUAUAUAGUUCCUCUACAGCAGAACUUUAGAAUGAUUUUUCCUAAAUCAAAAUGAAAUUAAAUAGCAACUAGUUUAUAAAUCUGAUCAUUUUUGUACGUGUAAAAAUUAUAUUUUAAAUAAGUUACUUCAAUCUGAUACAUGAGGUUUAUGUUAUAAAGAGUCUAGAAUAAAAAGGAUCUCAAAUUCAAAGAAUUCUUCGAGCCAUUGACAAUGACUUCUGAAAAAUUCUCAAAUAGUACACAUGAAGAAAAAUGCACAGGUUGAUUUAUGAUUAUACAUUUUUUGUUUAUUAUGUGAAAAAAGAAAAAUGAGUCAAAUUUCUUGAAAGCCAUUGUAUGAUAGGAACUGCUAUUAUCUACUUGUGCUGUCUAUAUUAAUUGUUUAGCCAUUCAUUGAAAUUAAUCAAUUUAUUGUUAUUUGCUAAUUUGUUACUGUGAAUAGAAAUGUUAAUUUAACAAAGUCAUGAUAAUGACAAAUCAACAUCAUCCAGCACGCUUAUAUUUGAAAUAUUUUUAAAGAUAUACUUCAAAAUCUAACGUAAUCACAAGAAUGUAGAAUUCUUGUAAAAAUGGAGAUGUUCUUCUAAACAUAAACAAAAUAUUUUUUAUUUAAAAAUUAACAUCAAAAUACAACGCAAUAAUAAGAUAAAUUAUGAUUUGUAUGAUCAUGACACUCCCUGUGUACAUACGUGUAAAGGUGUCAAAGUCAUGUAAUAUCCCUAUUUGUAUUAUAUACUGUCCUAGUAUGAACAUAAAACAUGUUUACACAAUACAUGUAAUAUGUUAAGGAUUAUAGUUAUGAUAAUAAUUGCCUUUAUAAAAUAUGAAUACACAAGAAACAAUUAAAAUUACUAUAUCAUAACAGUGACUGUAAAUAUUUUAAAAAGAGAUAUAUAUAUUUAUAUAUAUAUAGUAUAUAUAUUAUUUAUAUAUAUAUUAUAGAUAUAUAUUAUAUAUAUUAUAUAUAUAUUAUAUUAAAUGUUAAGUAUACAUUUUUUAAAAGAAAGUAAUAUAUAGGUAGAUCAAUUUAAAAAAAAUAUAAAAAUAGUAGCUAUAUUAUAUUAUACUAUCGCGGAUAAUGUUUGCCUUGGACUGACUACUGAAUAUAUAUAUAUAUACAUAUAUAUAUAUAUAUAUGAUAUAAUAAAGUAAAAAAACAGUAGUAGCAAUGAAAUAUGUAUUUCUACUUUUAAUAUUAAUAUGAAUUCUAGGGAGAUAUAGUCUGUAUUGGGAAAGUGUGUUCCACAAAGAAUUUUUUUAUUUAAACAGAUAAAUAGGAAUUUAUUGCUUUCAAACAUUGUGCCUAAUCAAGAAGCUACACAGAGUGUUUCACAUUGCAAUGGUAUUUUGUUCAUUUACGUUUAUGUAAGACGGCGUAUGUUAUAUGUGUAACUAGAUUCUUCUCUUUAUGAAUUAUAUGUUAGUAGUACCAAAUUAUUUAAUUGCUGUCUUUGUAUAAAUUCCAUUUGUAUCGUAUUACGUACCGAUCCAAAGUUAUUAAUUGAGAGAAAGAAAACGUUUAAUUCAAGAGACUGCUGCGUUUCUAUCUUCUGCUUUUAGAAGUAAACAUAACAUAUAUAUGUAACGCAGGAAUGUCAUAAAAUGGGAAAGUAAGAAGUUUCAAUGAAUUGAUAUAUCUUAAUGUCAAGAAUUCAAUACGUAAUUUUAAAUGUAACAAGUAUACUUCACUAUAACGAUAUUUCCGUUUACUUUGAAAUUGAAAGUUAUGUGUUUUUAAAGCGACAAGUAUCAAUCAUGAUAUGAGGUAUUGAUUACGUUUUUUUAUAAUUAAUGUCAGACUUUCAAUAAUAUGAAUGAACUGAAAAAUAAUUUUACAAAUAUUUAUAAAGCAAAAUUGUGAAAUUAUCUACAAUAUUAAAAAAAAAAAUGACCUUAUUAAGUAACGCAGUGAACUGUUUGUGUUAGGGAGAUUAUGAAUAUGUUCUUCUUUAUACCCAAGGAAAGAUCAUAGUUACCUAGAAAAUGCACCGCCUACACUUUUUGUCUAAACUCAUUUAUAUGUAUGUACAUUUAUUUUGUAAUACUUUGUGCUAAGUAGUAUUUGGAGAUGUGAUAUUAUUAUUACGGACAGUUAUAUUGUAAUGUAUGUAUUACUUAUUUUAAAUCCCUAAAUGGGUAUAAUUUCAUUUUCAUUUGCAAAGAACAUCCUUGUCCUAAAAUCUGUGAAUACUGCGAUUUUUAAAUAAUAUGAAAUAACAUUGCGAUUUAAAAAAAUAUAUUAUUUUUAUAUUAAGAAAAUUUUAUAUACUAUGUUCUACAUACAUUUAAAUGCUGCUGCUAUAAAAUGUAUAUAUUACUUUCGUCUACUUUUAAUUUAACGUAUUGGAAAAUUUAUUAAACUUAAAAAUAUAUAUAUAUAUAUAUUAAUAUUAUUUAAAAAUCCUGGUAUACAUUGACUUAAUGUAUAAAAGUAAGAAAUUAAGGAAAAUAAGCAUUAUAAAGUAGUCAUAACAUGUUGUUGGUUGCAUAAGUUGUUAUAUAUGUUACUUUAAAUACUGAAUCAAAUGUCUAGAAACAAAAUGCAAGAGCAAAUUGUCUGCUGCAUGUGCUCUAUAGACUGCGCAUCGAUUACUGCUUAAAACUAUUUGCUUAGGACAUAGUAUAAUUUAAAGAAGAAAGCAAUUGUAUUUAUAUCAUGUACAAUUGUUUAAUCUUCAUUACAUUUCAUGUCCGAUAAAUAAUCUUUUACUACAGUUUUUCAAGUACGUGUUCGUGGGAUGCUAACACAAGACAAUAAUAUAUUUAACAACAGUAAUUAAAGAGAUAUAAAAAUAUUACAUAUAAUCAAUAAUAUCUUUAUUCCCUUUGGAUGUUUAUUAGUUUAAAUUAAUUAUAUAUAUAUAUUAUUUCUAUUUAUUUAAUAGUCGAAAGAAUUUUAUUAUUUCAUUUGAUGUUUUGAUACUAUGUCCUAUGUACUAUUUCUAAUAUAUUCUACUUUUAUGUAUGAAAUAAUGCAUCCUAUAUAAAAUUUAAGCCCUACUGAAAUGAAGAAAGUUAUACACGCACGUUAUAUGUGUAGGGCCAUGCAGGAGGGCAUAUGAAAAGAAACUAAUGAUAUCGAAUACAAUGUUCCUUACAAAAUGCACGCAGGAUAGAAAAUUAGUAUGUAUGUGUCUAUCACAUUAUUAUACACAUUGAAAGCGGUGGUGACUUUAAAUGAAUCAACUUAUCGAACAAAAUAUUGAUCAAUCAAUUGAAAUUCAUUUUUCUGCAAUCUUUAGAGUUGUUGCGCUCAAACAUAUAUUCAGUUACAUGUUAACGGUUCGUCACAAAUAAUAAGGGAUAGUUUUAAUUUUGUAUUUUCGACAAAUGUAUUAAUACAAGGACGAUUUACUUUUUGUAAAUCAUGUUAAACAGUGUUUUCUGUUUUUAUACUAUACUCUGUAUAAUAUCAAUUUUGUAAAUUUAAACAUUGCUUUAAGUAUAUACAUCAUGUACAGCAAAAUCUCAUUGUUAAGUGUAUUAUUUUUUAUGUGUAAAUAACUCGCAUAAGAGGAGAAAUUUGUGUUGUAAAAAAUGAGUAAUAUCUAAGAUCUAAAAACUAUCUCUGUAGAAGUUUUGUUUCUUUUCCAUGAAAUUGUAUUAAUAUUAUUUCUUCUUUUAUUUACUUUCAAAAAUAUCCUUGCGUUUUUAUGUUAUGAUCUAAAUUGAAAAUGAUAAUGAUAACAAUUUCCACGCUUUUCCACUAUUUUGAGUUUGGCAAAUAAUGGUAUAUACUCUUAGAAAAAAUUAUUAUGCUUGUUAUGCAUUACAAAAGGUGUUACAUAGUUAUUACUUAUAGUUCAGUCUGAAUAAGAGGGACCACAGUACCAUAUGUUAGAAUGAAUUUAUUAUUUGCAUAUUCUAAGAUGUUUUAAAAGAUUACUUCCCUUCGAAGACAUCAAUAUUUAAUUUGAAGCACUUGUAAAUCUUCUUGAUGUUUACAAAAGAAUCUGUUACGUUUAAAUUUAAUUAUAAAAUCCGGGUUUAAUUUUAUCAUUUAUGUAUAAUAUAUCGCUGAUGUAUGCUAACAGGUGGUAAUCCUCUAACACAUCUUAAAAUGAUCACGUUUUAUUUAUAUAGAAUUCCCAGCUUUUCACCUCUAUAUCAGAAUCUAACAAAAUAUGUAAAACAAAUAUUAAAUGUUGCUUCAGUAUUUAAAUGCACACGUCGUCUUAAUUUAUGCUUUUAAUGUAACUAUGUGUACAAUACAAGAAAUUUUGUUAUAGCUUUAUGUAAUAUAUUAAAAUAUGAAAUUUAUUUUAUUCUUGUAACAUGAUUUUAAUGUGAAACACUUUUUCAUCAAUUUCAGAGGUAGCCAACUCAUGUUAAUAUGUGCAUUAAUAUAAGAUAUGUACAAUUUGUAUCUUUACAAAAUAUUAUGUUUUUUGUUACCCAUCAGUAUUGAAUAGAUUUAUGUAUGUGUGUAAUAGAUACAUGUAUAUUGAAAUCAUGCACGGAUAUUAGAAGCUGAUUGAGAAGAUGCAAUCAGUCGUGAGCGGUACUCGUAAAAAACUACUUGCAUGCUCAUCACAGAUGGACAAUGCAAAAUCAUCAGAUUUAGUAAAAAUGAUAAAUGUGUCCUUUUUGUCCACAAAGCGGAUAUAUUAAAGGAACAUUAUUUAUACUUUAUACUUUUCUUGAGAAAGGAAAUAGUGGAACAUCGUCAAAUAGAGACAAGAGCGAGUAAAUGAGAAUCUGGUAAUGUUUGUACUUAUUGCGAAAGAUGAAUAAUUAAUCUCGCUACAGCGAAAGCUGCGAAAUGCGAUUACAGUUUUAAUAAUUUGUUAUCAACGAUUCACCUCUUUAUGCUAUCGAAAUUUAAUAUUUCGCAAGUUACAAAAUUGUUCACGUAUCAAACAUUUCUUACUAGUUUUUAAGUUAAUAAAAAGUAAUGCAGCAUAAUGUUGUAUUUUUCAAA